UGAGCAAGACAUGGUGGCUGCCGUUGAGAAUUAGACCUUUGUGACCCAGAGACAUUUCCACGCGUCACAAAGCACUCUAGUGGAGUGAGUGAGAUGUGCUGUCGGUGGGCAUAGUAUCUGAAGGGAGAAGCCGUUCUCUGGGAGAGGAAUUCUCAAUGAGCCUGCCCAAGACACUGGAUCUGUGUGAAGAGGACUAAGGAUAUAAUAGGAUGUCAACGGAGACAGACCUGCAAGUGGCUGUUAAAUCCAGCACCAAGAGAGACUCCAGAAAGAAAGGUCAGGAUCGCAGUGAAGCCACUUUGAUAAAGAGAUUCAAGGGUGAAGGCGUCCGGUACAAGGCCAAGCUGAUCGGCAUUGAUGAAGUUUCUGCCGCACGGGGAGACAAGUUAUGUCAAGAUUCCAUGAUGAAGCUCAAGGGAGUUGUCGCUGGAGCCCGUUCCAAAGGAGAACACAAACAGAAAAUCUUUUUAACCAUCUCCUUUGGAGGAAUCAAAAUCUUUGAUGAAAAGACAGGAGCACUCCAGCACCAUCAUGCUGUACACGAAAUUUCCUACAUUGCAAAGGAUAUCACAGACCACCGAGCCUUUGGAUAUGUCUGUGGGAAGGAAGGAAACCACAGAUUCGUGGCCAUCAAAACAGCCCAGGCGGCCGAACCUGUGAUCCUUGACCUGCGUGAUCUCUUUCAACUCAUUUAUGAAUUGAAACAGAGAGAAGAGCUGGAGAAGAAGGCACAGAAGGAUAAACAGUGCGAGCAGGCGGUAUACCAGACAAUUUUGGAGGAGGAUGUAGAAGAUCCCGUGUACCAGUACAUUGUGUUUGAGGCUGGACAUGAGCCAAUUCGUGAGCCUGAAACGGAAGAGAACAUUUAUCAGGUUCCUACCAGCCAAAAGAAGGAGGGAGUUUAUGAUGUGCCAAAAAGUCAGCCUGUGAGCAGCAGCUUCACCCACCGAUACAAAUCAAGGUCUCCUAAGCUCAUAUGGGUGGUGUGA